AUGUUCAAGCUGUUCGUCCUCCUCGCCGUGAUCGCCGUGGCCGCCGCCAUGCCAGGCUUCCUCGGAGGCGCCGGAUACGGAGGUGGAUUUGGUGGACACGCAGGAAGUGGAUACGGAGGGGGAAGCUUCGGCGGAUUCAGCGGUGGACACGGAGGCGGAUUCGGCGGAUAUGGGGGAGGUUUCGGUGGAUCUUGCUGCGGUUUCAGUGGAGGGUUUGGUGGACACCGUGGAGGGUAUAUAAGGGCCGUCAUUACAAGAACAACACAUUCAACAAGAGAACUUCUCGAGAUGUUCAAGCUGGUCGUCCUCCUCGCCGCCAUCGCCGUGGCCGCCGCCAUGCCAGGCUUCCUCGGAGGCGCUGGUUACGGAGGUGGAUUUGGUGGACACGGAGGAAGUGGAUACGGAGGGGGAAGCUUCGGUGGAUUCAGCGGUGGACACGGAGGCGGAUUCGGCGGAUAUGGGGGCGGUUUCGGUGGAUUUAGCGGCGGAUUCGGGGGACACAGGGGAGGUUACGGACGCUAG